CACAACCCAGUGCCCCGCCGUCAUCGUCUCCCUGUCCCAAUCAUUCUUCUUCCCUUUUCUACGGUCACCCUCUGCAAAGUAGGAACCUGAACUAAAGUUCCAUCGCCGAGCUUGAGAGUUUUCUCCAUAAAAUGGUUAGAAACGGCGAUGUCCCAUUUACAUUCCCCUCUGUAAAGCUCCCUCUUUUCUCAUUUCCACCGCAGGCCUCCAUCUCUAACCAGUUACUCUCAAGCAUCCACCUUCCUCUCAGCAAACUCCCCAAACUCCCAAAUCCAUUCGCCCAAAACUUCAAUCCGCAAAACGUGCUAACGAAAUUCCUGCAACACACAUUUCACAAACCCAUCAGAAGAUUCAAUUCCUACCCCGGGUCACCGCUUCUCUGCUGCUCGUCACUGUCGUUGAACCAGACUCGGGAAACUGAUGCUGACACGGUGGUGGCUCAGCAGGUGCAGCAGAAGAAUGCUGGGGAUGAGAGGGUUCUGAUAAGUGAGGUGUUAGUGAGGAACAAGGAUGGUGAGGAGCUUGAGAGGAAGGAUUUGGAGGCUGAAGCUCUCAAUGCGCUCAAGGUUUGCCGAGCAAACUCCGCCCUCACUGCCAGGGAGGUCCAGGACGAUGUGCAUAGGGUUUUUGCCAGUGGAUAUUUCUCCUCUUGCAUGCCUGUAGCUAUGGAUACCAGAGACGGGAUUAGGUUGGUUUUUCAGGUAGAGCCAAACCAAGAGUUUCGAGGCUUAGUUUGUGAAGGAGCCAAUGUUCUUCCAUCAAAGUUUAUAGAAGAUGCUUUUCGUAAUGGAUAUGGAAAAAUUGUUAACAUUAGACGUGUAGAUGAAAUAAUUAACUCUAUCAAUGGUUGGUUCAUGGAUCGGGGUCUCAUUGGCAUGGUCUCGGGUAUUGAUAUCCUUUCAGGAGGUAUUAUCAAGUUACAAGUUGCAGAAGCUGAGAUCAAUAACAUAAACAUACGCUUCCUGGAUAGGACUGGUGAGCCGACCAUUGGAAAAACAAAACCAGAAACUAUACUUCGGCAACUUACUACCAAGAAAGGGCAGGUGUAUAGUGCGCUUCAGGGGAAAAGAGAUGUGGAGACUGUGUUGUCAAUGGGCACUAUGGAAGAUGUUAGCAUCAUUCCCCAACCUUCCGAAGAUACUGGAAAGAUUGAUCUGACUAUGAAUCUGGUUGAGCGUAAAAGUCCAACAGGUAUAAGUGCUGGUGGUGGACUUUCAAGUCGGAUCACAAAUGGGCCUCUUGCUGGAUUGAUCGGAAGCCUUUCCAUUUACCAUAAAAAUCUUUUUGGGAGAAACCAAAAGCUCAACUUAUCACUAGAAAGGGGGCAGAUUGAUUCAAUAUACCGGAUAAAUUACACAGACCCUUGGGUUGAAGGAGAUGAUAAAAGGACAUCAAGAUCGAUCAUGGUUCAGAACUCAAGAGCACCUGGUACGCUUGUUCAUGGGAACCAACCGGAUAAUAGUAGCCUGACUAUAGGCCGUGUAACAGCCGGGAUAGAAUAUAGCCGUCCAUUCCGGCCGAAGUGGAAUGGAACUGCUGGAAUUAUUUUUCAGCGUGUCGAUGUUCGUGAUGAUAAACGGAAUCCUGUUAUACGGGACUUCUACAGCAGCCCACUUACUGCAAGCGGCAACACACACGAUGAUAUGUUACUUGCUAAACUGGAGACUGUGUAUACAGGUUCUGGUGACUCCGGUUCUUCAAUGCUGGCUUUCAACAUGGACCAGGGUAUUCCUGUUUUGCCUGAGUGGCUACUUUUCAAUAGAGUAAAUGCUCGUGCCUUGAAAGGCUUCAUUGUUGGUCCAUUCCGUCUCCGUUUAAGUUUAUCUGGUGGUCAUGUGGCGGGCAAUUUCCCUCCCCAUGAAGCGUUUGCUAUUGGUGGAACUAACAGUGUUAGGGGAUAUGAAGAUGGCGCAGUUGGCUCAGGUCGGUCAUACACGGUUGGCUGCGGAGAAAUUUCAUUUCCCCUCACGGGGCCGGCGGAAGGGGUUGUAUUUGCUGAUUAUGGGACAGACUUUGGUUCCGGUUCCAGUGUGCCUGGCGAUCCUGCUGGGGCGAGGUUAAAACCUGGAAGUGGCUAUGGAGCUGGGCUCGGCAUUCGCGUAGACUCGCCUUUGGGGCCUCUAAGACUUGAAUAUGCCUUUAAUGACCAGGGUGUUGGCAGGUUUCACUUUGGGGUUGGCCUACGCAACUGAGUGUUAAGUGUCUUUACCUAUGUUUCUUCCUUAGCGGAGUGUACCAAUUCAUUCCAUUACUAUUUCAAUCCAUGGCAACCUUAGAGUUUUCUUUCACUCACAUUCAUUUUAUAGUUUGUGUAUAGCACUUCUUACUUUCUAGGAACUAAUAGCCCGGUGAUCCUUCCCCAACCCCUUCCAAAAGGGCCACUGGGAAUCCAGGAUCGGAUCCUAUAAUCAACAUUCAACACCCAAGCUUUUCCUGUAGAACACAUUGUGAAUGUGGUUCUAUUUUGAGUUCUUUUUCGCGUCUCACAAGAUCUACCCAAGUGCAUUGGAAUAGAAUGAUUGUAGUCAUGCUAAUUGGAUGCUUUUAAUUCCAUUGAUUCGUCUAAAACUUGAAAACAAAAUCAUCAUGGGUUCAUUGAUUGUUUAUGGUAUUAUUGCGUUUAUUCGUCUAAUUGG